AUGCCCAAAAGCAGUCCGCGCAAGAGUCACCCUGCUGCCAAGAUGGAAGAUGGUCUGACGGCAACUCAGAGGCUGCAACAGUGGGGUGCCGCGGCGGAGCUGCUGUACGCCCCGAACAGCCCGAUUAAUCAGCCUCCGUUGCCCAAGGAGCCGCAUACCUUUCUCGUGGCUCGCCGCAUUGCUACGGUGAUGGCGCGCCUAAACGAUCUUUGCCAAAGGGAAUCAGAGGUUCUGCUAACGCCGCGAGAUGCUCUACUCGAGCUGGCUGACAUCAUUCGCUUUGGUCUGGUGUCAUUUCACAAGGAGGUGGUCACAGGAAAACUGGACCGGGCGGAGGUCGCCUCUGUGCUGGCGGAGUACGUCGCCCACCGAAAGGCGCCUCAGGCGGGCAUUGUGGAGGGACUUCAUGUACUCGCUUGGGUAAGUGUCAAACUUCGUGUGGAGAUGUUUCUUGAACAGCUACGCAUGCGCCUUAAGCAGGAAUUGGAGGGCAGUCACAACGACAAGCGUACCGCGCAACAAGUGGCAGCGUUGCGCACAACUCGCACGCUGCUAAAUGAUUUUGAAUCUUUUUACGACAAUCUCCUCGUCACGUUUCCCUGCGUUCAGCUCAUGGAGAUCACCCCUGAGGCGGCUGAACAGAUGAUGCUCAUUCUUUCCCGCCAGUACUACCAACUCGCGGACUGGGUGGCGCUGGUGGAGGUCAACACCACGCAAACCCCCAUCACCGAGACGAAGGUUCAGAGUGUCGACCGUGAGGCAUCAACAGUGGUGCUUCGCCGCACAGACAGCGCAUCUCCGUGGGGGCUAAUCUUCAAUCACUGCGGACAAAUAGUGGACAUUGACACUUCGCUUCGCAGCGCCUCCGAGGAAGGGGAGGAGCUGCACCGACUCCUUUGCUGCACCGCCGAGGGAGCCAGAGUAGUCGCCAUAAACUCAAAGACGCUUCCAACAGUCUCGCCGGGAGGAGCGGAGGAAGUUUUGGAAAUCUUCAAGAACACCACCAAGACGAACAAGCGCAUCGUGCUUCAACUGGCCGACGAUGCGCUGAAGCAAGCUCGUAUGCGGCAGUUGGCCUUUCUUGUGCCCAACCAAGGAGGUGAGGGUUCAUCUGGGCAGCGUGCAACGCUUGUGUUGCACCGUCCUGAUCGAAGUAUGCCGUGGGAAUGUAAUUUUACGGAUGGAUUGAUUGUAAGAAGCGUGCCCAGGCAAGGAAUAUCUAUGAAGGCAAGGAGCUUCUUCGCGGAUUACCGCGGGCGUGUCGGGCUGAUGGCAGUCAAUGGUGUUGAGGUGACAACGCCCGCGCAGGCCGAGGCGUUGUGUGCCCACACAGAGACAGUUGUACUGAAUUUCGUAGUGGUGACCCCUGCCAUGGCAGCACGGAGCCGAGCGCCCAUGCCUGAACGACUGGCUGUGGCCCUUAGCCAGGAGCAGCUUGAGCAGGUGAAGGAGACGCCACUGGUGAGUGGAGAGAGCGUCAGACGACCCGGGGAACGUGCACGGAAGGUGAAGAGUCAACAGCAAGAUGCUCACGAAAACGCGGAGGAUUUAGAUGCGAAGGCCGAUGAUGCGUGCACUGCGGACGCGAAUGAGGCAGAGGAGCUGGCGGCGGAGCCUGAGCAGCACGCGGAGGAAGACGACGUGAAGGAGACGUACCCAAUGGUCGCCGACGAGGACGCCGCACUGGACGACACGUUGGGUACUGAGGGAAGGCCGCAGAAGAACUUGAAGGAGGCGUCUAAAGGGCCACUGGCAAAAGGCGACACUCCUGCGCCCCUCGUUUUACCGAACAAUGUCACGAUAGAGCUAUUGACACCGGAGGAAAUGGUAAUACGCCGCGACUCCAAUGAAGGGCAGUGGGGAUUGUCGCUUGAGAGUAGUGGUGAGGGAGUAGAACGGGCAAUGCGGAUAACGUCGCUACCAAAGUUGGCAUCGGCGCGUGACGCCAGGCGCAGGCAUCCCUUCUACCAGACUUUCUUGAAGCCACCAGUGAAGACGGAGUGGCGCAUUAAAAGUGUGAACGGCGUUUCUAGUUUGAGAGCGCCCGACCUGCUGGACAUCAUGCGCCGCUCACUCAAGAUGCGCAUCAAAUUCUUCAAGGGGUGA